AUGGAAGUGAGCUCAAAAAUUGCACAAAGCACAAAUCGUUGUCACCAUGCGGCCAUGUUUGUCUUCGGUCGGCACUUCCUCCAUAACAGACGGGCCACAGGCUCCUGCUUGCUUCAAGGCCUGACAACAUUGCCAGAAACUUGGUCAAAAUUGCGCUUCACAAUUCCGAUUCCUAAGCACGAGGAGAAUCCACUCAUCACCAGAAAGUGCUAA